AUGGAACAUGUUACUGAGGAGCAACAACUAGUAAAUUUGCCUACUUCUACUACCAUGACAAAAACUCCACCCUUGGUGAGAACAAUUGUCAUUCCUGCAAAAAUAACUUUUUUUAUUACAUCAACACCACCAGUAGAUACAACAGUUGGGACAAUUAAUGUCUUACCAACUUCUAUGCCACUACCGCCACUAGUAUCAGUUUCUACAAUUCCAGCUGUGACUAAUUCUAUGAUGCCUAUUACUACAAUGGCCUUGGUACAAGUGAGACCAUCAGCAUUAGCAGUAUCUUCAAGUAAACCACCUACUAGUUUGCCUGCAGUUACCCAAGUGGAAGUCACUACUCCAACCACACAAUCAUUCUUACCUCCUUGGUUGGACAUAGGGGCACCAAAAAGGAAGAAGCAAUUUGUCUCACCAGAUGACUUCAACUUCGAAUAG